CAAUGAGGUAGAGUUGGUUCCCAGUCCUAGCUAUUUAUAUCUAGAGCAAGACAUCAAUGAUAUUGAGAAUGAUAAAAGUUGUUAUAGUGAGCAAGGUGAUCAAGAUAAUCAAGAUGAUCAAAGUGAUCAAAAUGAUCUAAGCAAUCAAAGUGAUUAA